GGCCCCUGGAUGUGGAGUUUGAACCGUCUGAGUAAAGCGGUCAAAAUAGUCCCUGUCAUCGCUAAGGCAGACGCACUCACCCUGGAGGAGAGGGACUUCUUCAGACAGACGAUCAGGGAAGGACUGCGAGCCAACGGGAUCGACGUCUACCCUCAGAAAGAGUUUGACGAGGAUGCUGAUGACAGGAUGAUCAAUGAUAAGAUCAGGGAGAUGAUCCCAUUUGCUGUGGUGGGGAGCAACCAGUAGUACCUGGUCAAUGGAAAGAUUCUUCUGGGCACAAAUAAAGUGGGGAACCAUAGAAGGACCCACAUGCAGAACAUCAAGGACAUCACCAGUAGCAUCCACUACGAGGUGUACCGCGUCCACAGGCUAAACGAGACCAACGCCCAGCCCAAUGGCCAGCCACCCAACACACUGGUCAACCCGCAGCAGGACAACGGGGUGGCAGCACAGUUCUGACCCAUGAGAUGUAGACGUCUAACCACCCCAGAAACACACACACGCACAUAUGGGUUGUUCCACAAAAUGAGACCCUUUUGGGUAGUGUGACUUGGUGAAGAGUUUUAUUUCACCUAAUUUUAACAUUCUGUCAUAAUAAGCACAUGUUCAACUUAAUUUAAAAUGCAUGUUUUCCCCAUCUCAAAAGGUUAAAUAAAACAAUGACUAUAGUAAGUGCCUAUUAAAAGCCAAAUCAAAUAACAGGGUUGACCGUAACAGGGUUGACUAUUUCAUCUUAAAUCAUUCAUAAAUCCCUUUCUAACAGGGGAACGGAAGCUUGUGUGCAACAGGGAGGGGGCAAUUCAAUGCAAGCUUCACACUCUUUUUUUUUUAUUGUUAAAACAUUUUUUGCCUGUCUAUAUAUGGGUAAAAAGGUGUACGUGUUAUGCUCGACCCGCUCAGUUUAUUCCUUUUCAUAUGUUUAUUUGAAUUUAAAAAAAGAAUAGUAAAAUGAGAGUUCAGUUCACUUAACAGGGUUGACCUUAAAACGAGGGACAGGUUUUCUUAAUUUUUUUCUCCCUUAAAAUGAAUCACUAAUCACAUGAAAUAAAUAAUACUCUUUAGAAAUGACUUUGUCAAAGCAACAAAAUGACUAGGGCUUUACAAUGAUGGUGAAAACUGUUUGGGUUAAAAUCUUCCUAAAAAUCAUAGAGCAUGCACAGAGAUGCAUGUCAAAAUGCUGAAUUUUGGCACUUUAUCAAGUCUUAUUCAUAUACAAAAUAUACUUUUAUUUAAUUCAUUUAAACAUGCUUUUUAAUUGAUGCACAAUUUCUACUUUAAAUAUCAAAGGGAUGCAAAAGGAACUCAUUUUGUGGAACGACCCAUAUCUUUAAUGGCUGGCAACUAAUGUGGCACACACACACACACAAACACACACUCAAAAAUGCAAACACCACGUGAUACACACAUCCACUCACGCUGAGCCUCCUCCGACAUCUCCCCAUCAUCACUGGCUGACGUGACAUAAAGGACUGUACAUACCAAUAUCAAGUGUAUAACCAUUUUUACAUGAUCAACUGCUAAAACAGAGUUUCUGUUAGCUGGAAGUUCUAGUGUAGGUCGUUGUAGGUCAGAGCUGUUGGGUAAACAGUACAAGAUGUCCCCUAGGGAGAUGGGAUGCCACAGUAUUAUAGCAUACAGAUGUGUACAGACCAGCUAUCUAAGUAUAGCGCAUUUAGUUCAACUUGAAAGACCCGAAAUGACCUGGUCUACGUCUAUGUUGUGCUGUAUAGUGUUGUCUAGAUAUUGGGAGGUAGGGUUUAGGUUCUUUGUAAAUGUUGACACAUCUGCACUGUCCAGUAAAACAGCAAUGCAGUGUGGAGCAGCUUUGAAAUCCCUUUGUCUUUUUCCGUUGUGUUUUCAUAAAUGCAAGACCUCUUGCCAAACCAUCCUGUCUAUAGCAAUAUGCUAAUGUCAUAUUUGUGACAGUGCAUUUUACAUUUACUGUUGUGUUGUUUUAUUAUAAUAUUAUUGCGAUGUUUUUAGUUUGAUUUGGAUGUAGGGAACACACCUGUUUUCUCCCUUUGCGUUUUCUCUUCUGUAAAACAAAAAAAUGUCCUUUCUGUUUAUGCUUCUCGUGUACUCACUUUUAAUUGAGUUAGAUGAUGCUCAUAGGCUACCAGCUUCUAAACACGCCCGUUGUUCUCCUGGAAUUCUCCUGCUCUGUCUUUCGCUACGGAGAAGAAACUAACGUCUGUUGGGCGUAGCCUUUGAGUCUGGCUAGCCAGACAAGGAAAACCUAUGUAGACCCUAUUUGGUUAUAUUUAGCAGUAUCUCCCUGCCCUCAUACUUUGUCUCCCAUUUAUUCAUAGGGAAUUGUAUGAAUCUAGAUGUACUUUCUGUAAGUUUGGACAUGAUACAGAAUAUGACUACAGUAAUAUGUAGCCUACAUACACAGCUUGUAAUAAUAUUUAGUUCCCUGACAGUUUUGCAUUCCCGGUAUAGUCAAUGUAUAACUAACUCCCUUAUCUUCCCUACUUAAACAUGUAUUCCAAAAAGUCAGGAAUGUGGCAUUCAGCCAAACACAAUUCUUCACUCCGCCAAAAACUCAUGGACAGAGGUCAAAACCAAGAGCACUAUUCAUUCAGCAAUGUAGCUUACGUAACAUAAAAUAUGACGAAAGGUAAUACAAUGUUUAUUGUGUAAUUUAUGGUAUGAUAGAUUAAGACGUAUCUUUGAUACGCUAUCUCAAAGAAAUAUACUAUUUUCUUGUUUACACUUA